AUCUCAAGUUAAUCCAGAUAAGAGAACUGUUGGUACCAUAAAAGAUUCGACGAAAUUGCACCGAUUAAACGUUUUCCAACAUUCAUUAGGCAGCUGCCGAAACAUUGGAAAAUCGACUUUAAUUAGAUCGUUCACCCGCUGUAUCUCGCUACAUCUGUCCAAAACGGGCGGAAAACAAAAAAGUUUUUCUGCGGAAAAUAGAAACAGUUUAAUCCCAAGGCUUACAUUAAUGGGUUUUCUAUCCAAAGUGGAAGUUUUUGGCUUCGCUUUGUCAUUGUUUUUCAUGACUCUAGCCGCCCUGGUAAUGAAUUUCCUGGUGUGUUUAGUCGUAUACAGGAGCAAAGAACUGCGAAGACAUAUAUCUAGCGUUUUCAUCGUCAAUCUAGCCAUCUGCGACUUUUUGAUUGCUGUUUUCGCCAUGCCUUAUUCAUUUGGGGCAGUUUUGGCUGAUGAAUGGCCAUUUGGUCGAUUCUGGUGUCAAACAAGUGCGUUUUGGAAUAUGGUAUUGGGACUUGCGGCUGUUUUGACCCUGGCGACAAUUUCCGCGGAUCGCUACAUCGCAGUAUGCAAACCUCUUCAAUACAGGGCCAAAAUGACGGUACAAUGCGCGCUUGUGAUGAUAUCACUUGUGUGGCUACAGUCUAUCGUAUUUUCUUUGGUACCGAUCGGGUUUGGCUGGUACGAGUUUAACCCGCGUUAUUUCUUUUGCACUUUUCCUUCUGAUCUUCACCAGUUAAACUACCGGGUAUUUACAGCGGCGAUGUACGCUGCGAACGCCGGAUUGUCUCUUUUGGUCAUGUUAGUAACUUACUAUCGAAUUUUCAAUGUCGCUAAGCUGCAUUCCCGCCGAAUAGGACACGCGGUCAUCACCGCAGUUCACUUUGCGCCUGUUCGUGGACCCAUGGCCACCGAAACAAGCAGGCAGCGCGAGUUUAAGGCCGCGAGAAAAAUCUUAUUCGUUAUCGGAGCCUUUCUUUGUUGUCUCGCACCGUACACAACUCUGCGUAUUCUUGAACUGGGCAGUAAAGGAAUAUCGCUGUCCCACGCAUCAACAAUUACCUUAAGGUGGAUUGCUUUUUUAAAGAGUGCUAUUGAUCCGUUUAUCUAUGGACUGUUACAAAGACGAUUUCGGCGCUCAUUAUUGGAAUUGUUUCUUGGGACUCAAAGAGCGCAUCUAGCGAGAGGAUCGUUACCUUGUGGACCUAUCAGAUUGAAUGUUCGAGCGAAAAGACAAUCCUCGCAGAGCGAAACUGGAACCUUUGUGACGGUAACUACAAAGAGAACUUCGAUCGAGGAAUAAUUUGUCGUGUGACUUGCAGACAGGUAUUAUUUUGAAGGCCCCUUCUUAAUUCAUUGCUUUGCAAAGAGGUUAUUCAAAUGCUAUUACGGUACUACGAAAGAUUGGAUUUAAUCUACUGCGAUUUACAAUUACAGCGAUUUUUCGACGCAAGGCGAUGCGAUAGUUAUAAUUAUGAGAAUAGCAAGGUUGGACUGUUUCCAAUUGAGCAUACAACGCUCCUUUGCAUAUCUUUAAUUUUGUUUGAAUUUACUUAGCUGAGAUAUUGAAAGAAUAUUGCAUAAAAAGCGAUCUUUUUCGCCGCAUGCCAAUAUAAACUCCCUCCUCAGAAUAUUGGUUAAGACGGAUCUUAUUUCUGUUGUCGUUUAUAUUGCUGAUGCCUAGGCAAACUAGAGAAACGUAGAAAGAGUCAAAUUGAUGUAAUUCGGAAACACUCCGCAGUGGUUGAAUUUAAGUCAAUACUAGAUAGCAAACAACGAGAUCAUGCCUGGUAGAUAGCAGUAAUUACUUUUGCGCCGGGUGAAAAAGAACUAGCACAAGCACUGACCUGCUGCGAUCUAAAGAAAAAAAAUUACAGCGUCUUUUUUUCUGGGUCACGUUUUCAUUUCGAAACGAUCCUUAGCUAAAUCCAGUGAUUUAGGAUCUGUUUCUAUUUCUUUAAUUUUGAAGAGGAGUAAUAUCUUGUACUUUUAUUGAUUGAUUUUAUGAAGAAAAAGUAGUCGAGAAAUAUUUUGCUAUGAACUCCCUUAACUUAGGAUGAUUUUAAAAUAUUUCUACUCAUCACGCUUCAUUUCAUGGUGGAAAUAUUACGCGAGUUGAUUCAUAUAUUUCUCAGUCACAAUUUGUACCUAGG